AUGCGGUUUCAUGCGGCUUCGUGGCCGUCCAUUUUGGCCGUCUCUGCCUCGGCUGGCACAGUCGCCGCUGCCUCCCUUGACGAAGUCUGCACGGUCAACUACAUCAAGUCAAAACUUCCGGGCUCUCAAUUCAUUCAGGGCAUUACUCUCGACUCCUCAUCUGUCAUUGCAAACAUCGUCCGUAAUGCGUCUGUGGGUCCCACAGAAUCUUUCUAUCCAGCAGCGACCUUCUCCUACUGCAACUUGACGCUGGCGUACUCGCAUGAUGCGCGCGCUGGUGACCGAGUCCUCGUUCAGUAUUGGCUUCCCGAGCCAGCUCAGUUUCAGAAUCGCUAUCUCUCUUCGGGUGGUGGUGGAUACGCUAUCAACUCCGGAACCCAGUCUCUACCUGGUGGUGUCAUGUAUGGAGCUGUGGCUGGUCGAACCGAUGGUGGAUUUGGAGGCUUCUCGGUUCAGGCCGAUGCUGCAAUGCUUCUGGCCAACGGGACGCUGGACUAUGAGACCCUGUACAUGUUUGGAUACAAAGCCCAAUGGGAGCUUAGUCAGAUUGGAAAACAGCUUACUCGAAAGUUUUUCGACAUGAAGGACGGCACCAAGCUUUAUUCCUACUAUCAGGGUUGCUCCGAGGGUGGCCGUGAAGGCUGGAGUCAGAUUCAGCGCUUCGGUGACGAAUGGGAUGGUGCCGCAAUCGGUGCUCCUGCCUUUCGCUGGUCGUUUCAACAGACUCAACAUCUGUACUCCAACAUUGUGACGCAGACCCUGGGCUACUAUCCACCUCCUUGCGAAAUGGACAAGAUCGUCAACGAGACGAUCUCCGCUUGUGAUGUCUUGGACGGAUUGAAAGAUGGGGUUGUCUCACGAUCUGAUCUGUGUCAACUACACUUUGAUUUGUCCAGCGUGGUUGGCAAACCCUACUAUUGCCCUGCUUCAGCGGGUGGAUUUAGUUUCGGGAUGCCCACAGCUCCUACUCCGGCGCAGAAUGGGACGGUCAGUGAAGAGGCAGUGGAAGUCGCCAGGGAGGUGAUUCGAGGCCUGCGAGACUCGCAAGGCCGACAGGUGUAUCUGUCCUACCAGACCGGCGCCACCUUUGCAGAUGUCAACACUGAAUACAACUCGUCCAGUGACAAGUGGGAGCUCUCGGUCAACGGACUGGGUGCAGAGUUUAUCGCUCUCCUACUUGACAAGAAUGGCACAGAUCUAUCCAACCUCGACGGAGUGACCUACGACACCCUCAAGAACUGGAUGAUUGGCGGUAUGCAAGAGUAUUACUCCACUCUACAGACAACAUGGCCAGACCUUACUCCCUUUCACCAAGCUGGGGGCAAAGUGAUCCACUUUCACGGCGAGGCCGACAAUAGCAUUCCCACCGCCUCAUCAGUUCGGUACUGGGAAUCUGUGCGAAACAUCAUGUACCCUCAUUUGUCUUACAAGGACGGUGCCAAUGCUCUCAACGACUGGUACCAGCUGUAUCUAGUUCCGGGCGCGGCUCAUUGCGCAACCAACCCGCUCAUGCCCAACGGACCGUUCCCGCAGACAAAUCUGCAGGUGCUGAUCGACUGGGUUGAAAAGGACGUCAAACCGGUCACGCUCAAUGCGACUGUGUUGCAGGGAGAUCAUCUCGGUGAAAAUCGGCAAAUCUGCGCCUGGCCUUUACGUCCACUUUGGAAGCACGGGAACCUGCAAUGUGAGUAUGACCAGAAGUCGAUUGAUACUUGGCAUUAUGAUUUGAAAGGCGUUCCAAUGCCUGUAUACUAG